AUGUCCGCCACGGCCACAGUCUUGCUGGACAGCCAACACACGCACUUUACAAACUUGGACUCUCUAUGUGGCCGGGUGGUGCUCAAUCUUCCAACAGAAGCUGCUAUUGCUGGAAUCCAAGUCAAAUUGGAAGGAGAAAGUCGAACAAGACUGUCUGGGCCUAAGAAUCCUCAAAAUGUGAACUCCGAUAAAAAGCGAACAGAGCUGGAGGUCCAUAAGAUAUUAUACAAAGUCGCGACCGUUUUCCCGAGUCCAGCUGUGGUGCAAACUGGACCGGCGGCAACUUCCUACACGUUCGCCGCGGGCUCAUAUGAAUAUCCCUUCCAAUUCAAGUUUCCCUUCAACAAUGCCUGCAGUACCCAUAACAGUAUGCUUACAAACCUCAAUUUCACCGGGCUUCGCGUUGAGAUGGCCCGCGACCCUCAUCGACAUGUUAAAAAGACUCUCCCUCCUUCUUUGAGUGGAUUCCCUGGUAUGGCCGAUAUUCGAUACUAUGUGAAAGCUACCAUUAUUCGCCCCCAAUUUUACAAAGAAAAUAUUCGGGCGGUUGUGCCUUUGAUGUUUCUCCCCAUUGAGCCCCCAAGAACUGGGAAUCCAAAGGAAGAAACAUAUGCUAGACGACAACACCAGUUUACAAAAUUCGAACCUGGGAAAUCGAAGAAGAAUCUCUUCUCUCGACCUUCAACUCGGGAUGUCCGAGGUAGCUCUACGGAGCCUCCGCGGGUAUCGGUGGAUGCUCGACUGCCGUAUCCUUCCAUCCUCACAUGCAAUGAGCCCAUUCCACUUCGGCUGAUCGCCAGGAAGCUAACUGAUUCACCGGACACGCUCUACCUUCAAAUGCUUCAGAUUGAACUGAUCUCCUACACCAAAGUUAUCGCGCACGAUCUCACUCGUUCCGAACUAAACAGUUGGGUCGUUUUGAGUCGCAGCAAUAUGGGUCAACCAUUAGGUCAACCAGGCGACUCGGCAGGAACUGACUGGACUAUCGAUCCGAGGCUGUGGAACACCCUUCCUCUACCUAACUCGGUGGCACCAUCAUUUGAAACAUGUAACAUUGAACGCAAAUAUGAAUUGGAAGUGCGUGUCGGGCUGACUCACGGCUCAUCGGGAAGUAUGAAGCCGCAAUUGAUCAUUGUUCCUCUGCGAAUGCCAGUUAAAAUAUUUUCUGGUAUCGCUCCUCCUCAAGCCUUAUUGGAUGCCAUGGCGGCAGCAACCCUUCAACAGGCACCUCCCAAGAUAAACCCUUCACCCACUUGGCCAGCAGAUAACCGUUCGGAUAAUCCACCCCCGAUGCCACCCCGGCCAUCCGGACCUGUAACUGCAGUUGUACCCGCAGAUUCAAGCGCGGCCUAUGAUGACGCACCCCCAAGCUAUGAGGAUGCAAUGGCAGAUAAUCUUAGCCCGGUAGAUGGACCACGCCGCGAGUAUCACCCACCAGACGCCUCUUCCUCCCGAAGUUCAGUGGACUCUGGAACUGAUACCAAAUCCCCAGUCGAAUCUGGCCGGACAAGUGAGAGGGGAUCCGCCCCAGCCCCAGAAGGGCACCUCACUUCCCGGACUCGAGACCGAGAGCCUGAAGGCCGUUCCUCCUCCGAAUCCUUCGAUAUGCUGCCCAACACCCCUCCCGAAUCCAUUUCCGGUUCUCCGCCUGGUUCCCCCGUGAGACGCUCCCAUAGUAUGAUGAAGGUUUCUCGGAAUGCCGUGGAUGACGAGAGUCCACCACAGUAUCAGCCUGUUGCGGAGAGUCACCUCCAAGCCUCGAGUAGUACUAUCCAGCAUCGACCCUCGCGGAAUAGCCUCCGGCCCAUGAACUUGGGUGUUCCGAUGCGAAAACCGGUUCCUAGAAACGGGGACAUUCUUCAGAGACGACCUACAACUUGA